UUCUUCCUGUUUUGAUUUGGUCAAGGAAGCUGGCCGGCUGAUUUUUUUUACAGUGCGACAAGAUUCUUUAAUUUGUAACUUAAUUGUUGCAUGCGCAUAGAAAUGGAUAACCGUUGUUAUUGUUGUACCACCAAGUUCGGCGUUUUUAAAAAGGAGCUGGGUUGUAAAAACUGUGGCCGGUCCUUCUGCGCCAGCUGCUUGACUUAUAAUGCUGUAGUGCCACGUUGCGGCAACAGCCAGCAGAAGGUCUGCAAGCAAUGUCAUGGCAAUCUUACAAGUGGGAAUACUUCAAACGAUGCAGGAAGAUGGUCUCCACCUGAAAACUACAAAAAACGAGUUGCUGCAUUUGAAGCCAAACAGCAAGGACAGAAGACACAGCCACAUGGAGGCAGUAUACCUUCUCUCGCAGGUCUUCCCCCUCCUAAAGGUCUAAGUACGGAAGAUCAAGCAAUUGUUGAAAGGCUUGAAAAGCUGAAAAAAGACACUGCACCAAAGUCUAUCCCUUCUGAAAAAGAGCUUGAGGCUAGGCUCUCUGCCCUUAAAGGUCCCAUCAAGCCAGCGCCUUCUUCCCAGGAGAUGGAAGACCGGUUAGCAGUUUUAAAGGGCCAAACUCCUCCUUCUCAAGCCCCACCACCUGUCCACCAGCCUCCAGAUAACAGGACUCAGACUGAGCAAUCCAAUGAUCUUCUUAUUCAGAUGACAGAUGAAGUUGGAAUUGACCAUCAAUUUGAUAAUCCUGGAGACAGUGACAGUGGAAAUAUGAAUGAUCUGAACAAAGGAGAGGACCAGACACGACAGGACAAUAGGAAUGAGAACCAAGACUCAUGGAGGCAGCUUGAGAAUGAUGCGGCACAAUUGGUUGAAGAUGCUCAAAAGGAGCUGAGAAAGGAUCAUCAUGAGACAGAACAAAUCCUCAAUAUGGCCAAGAGGCUCGCACAGCUGAAAGGCCAGGACCCAGACCAAGUGAAGAUGGAAGAUUACAAACAUCCUGACAGUGAUGAGGAGACAGAGGAUGACACUAUAAAGAGAGUCUUAAAGCAGCUCUCGGAAGAAGCUGCACUAGAUGAGGCCAGUGGCUACAACAUACCUCUGGAACACAGUGGACCGAAAAACACAGAGAAGAAACCCAGUGGACCGAAAAACACAGAGAAGAAAGAGCCCUCGAAGAAGCCUACAAAAGCUCCAGCGACCAAGAGUAGGACUUCACGGGCACCCGUAAGAUCAGUGGAAACACCAUCAGACAGUGAUGACGAUGAACUUCCGUGGUGUUGCAUCUGCAAUCACGAUGCCACUUUACGCUGUUACACCUGCGGUGGAGACCUGUACUGCAAUCGCUGCUUCAGGGAAGGACACAACAAAUGGAUGGACCAUGUCACCGCCAAGUACACCGCACCAAAAAAGAAAAGGAAGUCUUGAUGGCCACACUGUGUAACGAUGGCGGCUUUGUCUGUUAUGGAGAAGUUUAUGUGGUUAAGAAAACCUUAUUUCAAAAUGUUAUCAACGUGCAAUUUUUGAAUCCAGCCAUGGAUGUAAUUCAUUAAUUAAUUUAAUAAAUUAAACCAUCUAGAUUAAGACUACUACAUUUUAAGCAAUAAUGCAAUGGUCUUUAUAAUUUGUCAAAAUAGAAGUAAAUCUUGCUCUUGUGUGAUUGGGGCUAAUUCCUAAAAGCAGCAACGCCUGUGCUUUGCAUGUUUAGUAUUAUAAAAUGUUGACAACGCACACAAAAAGCAAAUCAUGAGCUCAUUUGGAGCAAUUUACCAUCUUAGACUGUCAGCACUGUAGUGACAAAGCGCCACAGAGUCUGUAUAAAAGGAUUAGGGGGGGAUUUUGUUCUCCAUUGGCAGGCACCUCAGCCACACUUGUAAUUAUGUUUGGAUGUGUGUCGAACAUCACAGCAUUGUCUCGCUCCUGCAGGGUGUCUUCUAGAGAUGGCGAGAUCUAUUUGCAGUCAGUUCAUCACGUAGCAGAAAUGUGUCAGUCUCGCAGAGAGGCCACAAGUGAAGUGUCUGAUGGUAGUGGAAAAUGGGGGCGAUCCAAGCAAAUUACCGUAAUGGACCCUGAUGGAGCCAAAAGACCCCUCGUGUGUGACCGAGAGACCAGCAGAGUGUAGUCUCAUCAAGAUACAUCACUGCGUAGUCGACUGAGGAGGAACCAUCAUCACGCUCCUCCGGGGGCUCCAUUAAGCUUUGCAUGGAGGUCGUUAAUGUGUUUGCCCUUUCUGGUUAUGUCGUACACAGACAGGAAAUGGCUGCGGAUAAUGGAUGCAUACUUAAUGGAGCUUCCUGCUGAUGAUUUUUGCUGUGUUUACUCCUAAACUUGACAUCCACUUAGUUUUCCCGACUGUACUGAAGAAUAAAUGGAAAUGGUAUAUUGA